CCAGAGCCCAGGAAGAUGCCAGGGCUGGUGAACUGGGCCACCCUGUCCCGGCUGCCCCUCCUUGCGUCCGAGGUGACAUCCUGUGUCAGCGGCUAUGCCUUUGGGAUGACAGCCCUGCUCACCUACCACAACCCAGACCCCCAGGCUUUGGAAGGUCUCUUUGUGUACCCCUUGGACGAGGGCACGACUGUGGUGGGCUUCGAGGCGGCCGUGUCCCAGCGCACCGUGACAGUGCAGAUCAAAGACAAAGCCAAGAUGGAUGGCACCUACUUCAACAGCUGCAGCCUCCCCCCUGGAAAAGCUGGUGAUGGAAGUGGAAGGAUUAUGAUGGAUGAGGACCUGGAGAGGAUUGUUUUUGUGGCCAACCUGGGCAUGAUUCCUCCCCUGGAAAGUGUCUCCAUCUUCAUCAGCACCUCUUCUGAGCUGCAGACACUGCCCAGCGGGGUGGUGAGGGUCCUUCUGCCAGCUGUGUGUGUCCCCAGGGUCCCCCAGCCCAGCCUGGAGAGCACCAGCAGCUUUUCCAGCCACCAGCCCCGACCGGACAAACACCUCUGCGGCUCGGGGAGCAGGUUCUGCCUGGCUCAGCUGCUGGACAGUGAGGCCACCAACCCCUUUGAGUACGAGUUCAGCUUCCAGCUGGAGAUCCGGGGGCCCUGCUUGCUGGCAGGAGUUGAGAGCCCCACACACGAGAUCCGAGCAGACGCCGACCCCUCGGCUCGCUCAGCCAAGAGCGUCGUGAUCACGCUGGCCAACAAACACACCUUCGACAGGCCCGUGGAGAUCCUCAUCCACCCGAGUGAGCCCCACAUGCCCCAUGUCUUAAUGGAAAAGGGUGACAUGACCCCUGCAGAGUACGAACGACACCUGAAGGGGAAGAACGAUUUCAUUAAAGGCACUAAGAAAGACCCCAGUGCCAAGAAAAAGAUGGAAAUCAUCAGGAAGCGACUGAACAAGGACAUCCCCCACCACCCUGUCAUCAUGCUCAACUUCUGCCCUGACUUGAGGACUGUGCAGCCAGGCCUCAGGAAAGCCCAGGGAGAGUUUAUCUUCCUGGUAGACCGCAGCAGGAGCAUGAGUGGUGUGAACAUCAGCCGUGCCAAGGAUGCCCUGUUGGUCAUUCUCAAGAGCCUGAUGCCAGCGUGUCUCUUCAACAUCAUUGGCUUUGGAUCCACCUUCAAGAGCCUCUUUCCUGUCAGCCAGGCCUAUUGUGAGGAGAGCCUGGCCAUGGCCUGCCAGAGCAUCAGGAGGAUCCAGGCUGACAUGGGCAGCACCAACCUCCUGUCCCCCCUGAAGUGGAUCCUGCGGCAGCCGCUGCAGAGGGGCCACCCCCGGCUGCUGUUCGUGCUGACAGCCGGGGCCAGCGCCCACGCCGGGAGGGCUCUGCAGCUGCUGCGGGGCCACGGCUGCUCCACCAGGUGCUACAGCUUUGGCAUCGGGCCCAACGCCUGCAGGAGGCUGGUCCAGGGUCUGGCUGCUGUGUCCAGGGGCAGCUCUGAGUUCCUGGCAGAGGGAGAGAGGCUGCAGCCCAAGAUGAUCAGGGCUCUGAAGAAGGCGAUGGCGCCGGUCCUGAGCGACGUGUCCGUGGAGUGGGUGUUUCCUGAGAGCACCGAGGUCUUGGUGUCCCCUGUCAGCAGCAGCUGCCUGUUCCCUGGUGACCGUCUGCUCAGCUACAGUGUCAUCUGUGACACCUCCCUGUACCUCUCCAACCCCAGAUCUGACAAGCGGCGGCGGUACAGCAUGAUGCACUCCCAGGAGUCGGGCAGCUCUGUUUUCUUUCACUCCCAGGAGGAGGGAGCAGGCUCAGAGAGCUGGAACCACUGCAGAGACUCGGAGGGCUCCUGCCCCAGCAGCCUGGGCGUGGGCAGAGACCCUGGGGCAGAGUCAGACACGGACACGGGAAUGGAUGUGAAGGCUGUGUCCAGGAGAAGGGCAUACAGCACCACCCAAAUCUCUGACCAGGAGCCUCGCAGGAAGGUGCCCACAGCCAGCGAUCCUGGCACUGCCCUGGUGAAAAACCCCCUCCGAAAAACCCACCUGCAGGACCUGCAGCAGCUCAGCCCCGAGCCCUGGCAGCUGCAUGUCCAGCCCCUCCCGCCCAGCGCUGGCUCCAGGAUCCGCGGCUCAGGCGCCCGGCACAGCUGUGUGUCCUUCUGCCACGACCCCAGCUCCCCAGCCCUGCCCGGGGGGCUGCAGCACACCCCUCCCGGGGGGAUGGAGGCGUUCUCUGGCAUCCCGAGCCUGCGCUCCUCGUCGGACAGCCGGAGCCCCGGGGAGCCGGAGUCUGCCCAGCAUCCAUCCCUCACCUUUGAGACAGAGACCUCCUCCGACUGGGAGCCCCAGGACCCGGACACCAGCGCUGCCUGUGGCUCCCCACGCUGCCCCAGGACCCUCUGCAAGGCGGUGGUGAAGGGGCUGAGGAACAACGAGCCCGUGCAGUGGGAAGUCACGUUUGAUAUCCACCCUCUGUUCCGAGAGCGGGACAGCCAGGAGGAGGGUGACACAGACCUGUGGAGUGAGACCUUCCACCACCUGGCAGCCAAGUCACUCAUCCAGGAUUUCGAGCAGCUCGCUGAGAGGGAGUGUGAAAUCGAGCAUGGGUCUGGGCGGCGGUUCCAGCUCAGCGCUGUGCACACCAGCAAGGCCUGCAACAUCAUCAGCAAGUACACAGUGUUCGUGCCUGUGGAGCUGAGCACCAGCUCCUACCUGCCCACCCUGCUCCAGUACACACACACAGGGGCAACAUCCAAGCAAGGCAACCAGAGGAAAGAGAAGAGUUCAGGAACCAGAAGGCAUCGUGGCUGCUCCCCUGGACGUCCUCAGUCAGUGUGUGGCCAGAAUGGAGAUUAUGGAUUUUACAGCAUGAAUGCUGAGGAGAGCAGCCCCUCACCCUCCAGCACCCUGUCCUCAUCCUGGGGCUGCCGAGCCCCUGAAGGGCCAUUCCACAGCCUGUCUGCUUCCUCUGCACAAGCCCAAAAAUCCAUUGAGAGGCUCUUUGCUGCCAGGCUGACCCUCAACAAAACCAUGCUGCUGGUUCGAGCUGCCAAAGGCUUCAUGAGUAAAUCUCCAGGCAGAGGGAGUGAAGCCAGCUCUGAGGGUGACAAUGAGAGCAUGGACUACCUUCCCCUGGUGUCCCUGCAGCUGGCCUGCGGUGCCUUCCUUCUGAAUUCAGCCUUCUGUGAUGCCAUCAACAUCCCCAUGGAGAAGCUGAAGUGGACAUCACCCUUCUCCUGCCACCGCCUGUCCCUCAGCCCCUCGGGCUCCUACAGCACCAAGAGCAAUCCCUCCUUGGAGCACAAAGUCCUGAGCUCCAGCCAGCAGCUGCUGGACCCCAGUGGGCAGGGGAAGGCUCCCAGCCCUGCAGACACGGCUCGGGGAGCAGGGAAUAAUCCCAGCCCGGCAGACACGGCAGUGCUGGAGGACAGCGGCCGCCUCCGGCACCUGUCGGGCAGCACAGCCGAGAGCAUCUCCCGAGCCCCGGCAGCCGAGAAGGAGCUGUCCCCUCCUGCCAUCACCAUCCGCAGCUUCUCCUCCCCUCCCGUCCCCGGCGGUGCCCGGGGCUGCGGCACCGGCGGCUCCGAGCUCCGGGCUCUGCCCUGGGAUGCGGAGCCGCAGCCCGAGCCCGAGGGGAUGCUCUGGGCCACGGCGGUGGCGCUGGCCUGGCUGGAGCACAGCUCAGCGUCCUUCUUCAUCGAGUGGGAGCUGGUGGCGGCCAAAGCCAGCCUGUGGCUGAGCGGGCAGCGCUUCCCGGCGGGAUCCAGCCUGGCCGCGGUGAGAGCUGCAGCCCAGCAGCUCUUCGUGCUGCUCCGGCACUGGGAUGAAAACCUGGAGUUCAACCUGCUGUGCUACAACCCGGGCAGUGUGUAAGAGGAGGAGGAGGGAGGCUUGGGCA